AUGCCGGGAGUUCUCAUCAAUCCAGAGGUUGAGUUCAACCACCUCAAGAUCAAGCCACUCCAUCCUACCUUUGCUGCAGAGAUUGAAGGAGUUGAUUUCUCGGAACCGGUCUCGGAUGAGGUCUUCAACGAGAUACUCGCUGCGUCGGCCAAGUAUGGCGUGAUUGUAUUCCGCAACACCGGCCUCGACGACAGGGGUCAUGUCGAGCUCUCACGCCGCUUUGGAGACCUGGACGACAUCAGGCCGUACAUGACGAAUGGGCGCAAGCCAAGAUACGAAUUCUAUGAGCUCUUUGACGCCGGCAACAUCGACCCCGAGACUGACACGGUCUUGUCUCCCGACUGCCCGCGAGCUCAGUAUAACAAAGGAAACGCACUUUUCCACGUCGACUCGUCAUUCAACCCCCGACGAGCCUCGUACUCACUGUUGAAGGCGCAUGAGUUGCCCCCGCCAAACACUGGAGGAAACACCGGCUUUGCUGAUACCCGAACAGCCUUUGACGAGCUCGACCCAGAAUUGAAAGCUGAGCUGCUAGAACAUGACUAUGUCGGUGCUCAUUCGCUGUACUCGUCACGAAAGAAGGCUGCGCCGGAAUACUUCAAGGACGUCGACGUGAACGCAUAUCCCAUGCACAAGCACAAGAUUGUUCAAAAGCACGAACCAUCUGGGAGGAUGAACCUGUAUAUUGCGGCUCAUAUGGAUCAUAUUGUCGAUGUGCCCCCCGAGCAAUCGAGGGCACUGAUGGACAAACUUAUGGCACACGCAACGCAGGACAAAUAUACCUUGAGCAUUCCCUGGAACAACCCCGGGGACUUGGUCAUCUGGGACAACACUUGUGUCAUGCAUCGCGCUGAAGGAGGUUCGUUCGCUGGGAAGUAUCGACGAGAUUUGCGAAGGACAACGGUCCACGACGCUAGUAGUCAAGCAUGGGGUUUAAAUCCACUCGAGUCCAAGAGGCCUGGAUUUGCAGUGACUGCGUUGUAG